AUUUUAAUUCAUUCUGAGUCGAAAGUGAACCUCUCUGAGUCCAACAUGGAUAACUCCAACAGUGAUGAGGACACAGAUGCUGACUUUGACACCCAGAUCAUCAUUCAGCAGAGUUUGCUGGAUAUUUACAAGCAAGGAGUAACUCAGCACACAUCAGAAGAAAAGAGGUCCCAUUGCAUUUCGAGUGCUGAUCAUAAGAAGGUAGCUGAAGCGAUAGAGACAGGAAGAGAAGAUGCACUGGCACACCUAACCAAGUACCAUUCUGCAUUUGAUGAAGCCAAUGUGGAUGGUUGGCUUCCUCUGCAUAUGGCGGCAGUGCAGUUAAAUAGGAACAUCUUAGAAAUAACCCUGAAUGCUACCAAACCCAGUGUGUGGGAACAAACUACCCACAAUGGAGAAACACCACUUUUUUUGGCUGUCAGCAGUAACCUCCUAGAAAAUGCCCAUUUUCUACUUCUCAAUGGCUGCAAUCCAAAUGCUAAGAAUCUUGAAGGCAAUUCUCCUCUUUUUACAGCUGUUCUGAAAGACUCCUAUGACAUGGCUACCUUGCUGAUCAGUCAUGGCGCAGAUGUCAAUCUGCAAUGUGCCAACAAGAGGACAGCUCUCCAUGAAGCUGCCAAGCUCGGCAACUGGGACAUGGUAAAGCUGAUGCUGACUUCGGGGGCACACCCAGAUGCACGGAGCUCCUACGGGUUUACUCCUCUUGCCCUUGCUGCUCAAGGCGGACACACUGAAAUCAUGGAACUAUUACUGCAGAAAGGAGCUGAUGUUCACAGUCAGGCCUCUGAUUCUUCCUCCAUUUUACUUGAAGCCGUUAGAGGAGGAAAUCCAGACUCUGUGACUCUCUUGCUAGAGUAUGGAGCUGACGCCAACAUUCCUAAAAGCUCAGGCCACCUGCCCAUACAUGUGGCAGCUGACAAAGGCCACUUAUUAGCUCUAAAGCUGUUGGUUCCAGUUACGGAUAUUGCUGCCAUCAAGAGGAGUGGGAUCAGUCCAGUUCACUGUGCAGCAGCUGGGGCACACCCCCAAUGCCUGGAAAUUCUCAUUCAGGCUGGAUUUGAUGUGAAUUUCAUGCUAGAUCAGAGAGUCCGUAAACAUUAUGAUGAUCAAAGGAAGUCAGCCUUGUAUUUUGCUGUUUCAAAUGGUGACCUCUCUUCAGUUAAACUGCUUCUGAAUGCUGGCGCUCUGCCCAAUCAAGACCCAGUCAACUGCCUACAGAUAGCUCUCAGGAUGGGCAACCAUGAGCUCAUAAGUCUACUACUGAGGCACGGGGCCAACGUCAACUAUUUCUGCAGAGUUAACCCUUUGCAUUUCCCAUCGGCACUGCAAUACUCACUGAAAGAUGAAGUCAUGCUCAGGAUGCUACUGAAUUAUGGGUAUGACACAGAGCGAUGUUUUGAUUGUCCUCACGGGGACAGAGUUCAUCGUCUUUGUACUUUUGAAGGCUGGACACCUACAGUUAUUAAAGAUACUAUGUUCUGCGAAGUCAUAACUUUGUCAUGGCUACAGCAUCUCUCGGGAAAAGUUGUCCGUGUGUUGCUUGAUUAUGUUGAUCAAGUGCAAAUCUGCUCAAAACUGAAAGCUGUGCUUGAAAAACAGAAGCUCUGGCCAGAAAUACAUUUGAUCUUGACAAACCCGCGUUCUCUAAAACACUUGUGCCGCCUCAAGAUCCGGAAGUGUAUGGGACGGUUACGUCUGCGUUGCCCUGUCUUCAUGUCAUUUCUUCCAUUGCCCAACCGUCUAAAAGCUUACGUCCUUUACAAAGAAUAUGACCUUUACGGACAAGAGAGUUUUUCAGGAACCUGGUAACAGACCUAUUCUGGAGGAAAAAGGUAUAAUCUGCAAUAUUUUCUUCACGCUUUGUUUUAAAUGGCUUUCUCUUUGCUCAGCAAUUAAAACUUCAGUGUAGUCUACAUCAUGUAAAAAGUCAUUCUGUGUGGGACUCCUCUCUGUUCAGAGGUUCAGCAGUCUCUCAGACAAUGCAGGUUAUUGCUCUUACUCUUGACUGCCCACCAUGACUCAACAGUGAGAUGAUAUUGCUGAAGACAUCCCGCACUCUGGUUGCAGGACACAAAAGAUAUCAAGAAACAAACUGGAACUUUUCUCCUUGCUGGCUAGCUUUCCUAGAGCUGGAGCUUCUGUGAAGGCAUCUGGGGGCAGGAUACGGGACUAUCACUGUCUUACCCAGCCGGGACUCUAUGUUAGGGACAGUGCUGAACUGCCAGGCAACUGUGCCCUGAUGCAAUGCGAUGAGCUACCAUACUGCUCUCUGAUUGGAUUUGACUCACUCAUUCAUGCCUCGUCCUAUAACCCUGGGUUACUUUGGGGGAGGUGGUGUGGUAGUUUUUAAAGCCCCAGGCUGCAGAGGUCAUAAGCCCUAGGAAGAAUCCUGCUGCUGUUUUGCUAAAUGAACAU